UAGCAAAACAUGCACACAUAAAAGUUCUAUUUUUCUUCUAUCGCUUCUUCACUCACAAGUCACAUCUCUUUUCCUUUUUCUUUCUUCUCUCUCUUUCUUUCUCCAUGAAUUUCCAAGAUCUUGAGCUAUCAUUAGGGAAACUACAAACACGAAAGAAAAAUGCUACAAAAAUUGCUCCAUUCGUUGCCCUUGCUAUCUUGUUCACUAUCAUCCCCAUAUACUAUCCUUCUAUGCACCAUAAAAAACUCUCACAAGUUCUUUCUUCUUCUUCUUUGGGACCACUUUCACAAGAUAACGUAUUACACCAAUCCAAUAAUAGUAGUACAGAAGAACAAAAUGAAAAACUCAUAGCAGCAUCACCACAAAUUAAUCUGACCAAAAGUGAUGCCUCAAAUUAUUCGGUGGCGCCUCAAGCAAGUAGUGGCAGAGAAUUUGAGUCAAAGCUACAGGAUUCUACUGAACCCGUAGAAGAAGCUCUAGCUCCGCCCCUGCAAGCAAGAACUAAUGGUACUGAAAAAUGCGAUUUGUUUUCGGGGGAUUGGGUUGAAAAUAUAGAAGGGCCUUAUUAUACAAACAAUACAUGCUUUGUAAUUCAAGAACAUCAAAAUUGCAUGAAGUAUGGGAGGCCUGAUAGAAGAUUCUUGAAUUGGAAAUGGAAACCGGAUGCAUGUGAGCUGCCAAAAUUUGAGGCACAUCAAUUUCUAGAACUUGUUAGGGGAAAAUCACUGGCCUUUGUUGGAGACUCAGUUGCAAGAAAUCAUAUGCAAUCAUUGAUAUGCCUCUUGUCCAAGGUUUUAUACCCCGUAGAUGUUUCAAACACGACAGACCAAGAAAACAGACGCUAUGAAUACAGAGAUUACAACUUCAACAUGUCCAUAUUUUGGGCACCCUAUUUGGUAAAAGCAAAUAAAACCGAACCCAACAAUAUAUAUCAACCUUUCAAUUUAUAUCUCGAUGAACCUGAUGAAGCCUGGAGCACCAAAAUCCAAGAUUUCGAUUAUGUGAUCAUCUCAUCUGGCCACUGGUUCAACCGUCCAGCUAUAUUUUACUUAAACCACACCCUCACUGGCUGCCUUUUCUGUUCACAACCCAAUGUUAGCCAAUUGACAUCUUUUUUCAGCUAUCAAAAGGCUUUUCAGACGGCUUUUCGGGCCAUUAAUAGCUUGAAAAAUUAUAAAGGUGUGACAUUUUUGAGGACAUUUGCACCAUCUCAUUUUGAAGGUGGGGUUUGGGAUAAAGGAGGAGAUUGUGUUAGGACCAUUCCAUUUAAGAGGAAUGAAAAGGUGUUGGAGGAUUAUAACUUGGAGUUUUACAAUAUUCAAUUGCAAGAACUUAAGGUUGCUCAAAAAGAAGGGGAAAAUAGAGGUUUGAAAUUUAGGCUAUUUGAUGCAACACAACCUAUGUUGUUGAGACCAGAUGGUCAUCCUAGUAAAUAUGGACGGUGGCCCAAUCCAAAUGUUACAUUGUCUAAUGACUGUGUCCAUUGGUGUUUGCCAGGCCCAAUUGAUGUGUGGAGUGAUUUCUUAAUUGAGUUGUUUAAAAGGGAAGCAACAGAUAGAUAAAUUUGCGUAAGCACUUUACUAUCUUUUGGAUUAACAAUUUUUACUAAAGGAAAUUUCUUUUCUUUUCAA